GAAUGUGCUCAGAGGAAAGAGGAGAGGCAAGCCAAGAAAAGAAGGGGAGAGGCAAGAAUGGGGGCGGAACCCCUAUUGCCCAAGAAGACCCACACCCACACCGAACCAAACUCUCCUCUCAUUCUCGGACUCCAACCAUCUGCCCUCAUCGACCACGUCGCUAAAAUUGAUUCGUCUUUGCUGGCUCAAAUCCCCGGCGAGCGUGGCGGCUCGAUUGCGGUUGCAAUUGAAGACCUGGAGCAUAUCUUAAAUGAGGUGAAGACCCACAUCCUUUCUUCUCCUCCUGAUCCAUCUCCUAUGAGGACAAUGGCCGGGGGCAGUGUUGCCAAUACUAUUCGAGGCCUCUCUGCAGGCUUUGGGGUCAACUGUGGAAUACUUGGAGCGUGUGGGGAUGAUGAGCAAGGCGGCUUGUUUGUAAGUAACAUGGGCUCUAGUGGAGUGAACCUUUCAGCAUUGAGGAUAAAGAAGGGGCCAACAGCUCAGUGUGUUUGCCUGGUUGAUGCAUUGGGCAAUCGUACAAUGCGGCCCUGUCUCUCAAGUGCUGUUAAGAUUCAGGCAGAGGAAUUAACUAAAGAGGAUUUUAAAGGGGUAAAGUGGUUGGUAAUGAGAUAUGGGAUAUAUAAUUUGGAAGUUAUUCAUGCUGCAAUUCGGAUGGCCAAACAGGAGGGCGUAUUUGUAUCCUUGGAUUUGGCCAGUUUUGAGAUGGUUCGGAACUUUAGAGGACCUCUUCUAGAGUUACUGCAAUCAGGGGAUAUAGAUCUUUGCUUUGCCAAUGAGGAUGAAGCAAGAGAGGUUUUAAGAGAUGACGAAAAUGCUAGUCCUGAGGCUGCUCUUGAAUUUCUUGCUAAGCACUGCCAAUGGGCAGUGGUGACACUAGGUUCUAAUGGAUGCCUUGCAAAAUGCGGAAGAGAGAUGGUCCGAGUUCCAGCCAUAGGGGAGGCAAAGGCAACUGAUGCCACUGGAGCAGGGGACCUGUUUGCAGGUGGGUUUUUGUAUGGGUUAGUGAAGGGACUAUCACUGGAAGAAUGCUGCCGAGUGGGCACAUGUAGUGGUGGGUCUGUCAUUCGUUCUCUUGGAGGCGAGGUGACUCCUGAGAACUGGCAAUGGAUGUACAAGCAGAUGCAGAUAAAGGGUCUCCCUGUUCCUGGCCUACGUCAAUGACGAGACUUCUCUGCCCAAAGAAAACGGAAUAGGGAUGAUUGUUUUCUGAUCAUCAUCCUUAUGUCAUCUUUCUCUACUCCCUCGACCUAAGGGCAGCCGUCAUUUUGAAGUUGCAUUCUAGGGUUUAACUAAUUUGAACUAAAUUAUUAGCCUUCUCAUAGCUCCUAUGGGUGGAUCUGAGGUUCUUGUUGGUCCUCUCCACUCCAGCUAUGAAACGGCCUACUGCAGGAUUCCUAGGCAUAAAAUUGGAAAUUAUGGAAUGUUGAACUGCUGGACUUGAAAUUCGUUUGUUUCGAUGAUUUAGACCUCUUUUGCAAGUAUCGAAUUAUGGAUUCUGAAUUCUGAUGUAAUUGAUCAUUUGCUGGUGGAUACGUAAAAAGCAUCCGUAUCCGUAUCCACCUGUGCCAGUUUUCUGACAAAGCAACAGAGUUUUGCAUUUCCGUU